GCAUCACCUACAACGCCCUUUCCACCUGAGUAUCAACCUAUUGAUCUACUUUCAAUCAUCUCCAGCCAAUAUACACUACCGUAAUCAUGGUCGUCAAGAAGCGAUGCCUCCUCUGGGACUGGACCAAUACAAAGGAGUGUCCCGGCCAAAUGGACAAAGUUCACUUCGGCGGACCCAUUGCAUCUGUCUCCAACUGGAAUGCGUGGGUCCCUCCUGAGCUGAAAGGCCGUGCCCCGUUCCGUCCCAUGAUCCAUCUCGAGCGCGAGCUCAACGGAAAUGAGUGGCAGUGGAUUAAGGAUUCCCACGAGUCAAUCAUACACUUUUUCAACGAGCCGGAGAGGAACGGUAUUAGCCCUGAGAAAGCUGCCGACUAUUGGCGCAAGCAGGUCAUUCCGGAAUUGCGCAACAAGCGCGGCAAGAAACUCGUCUCUCCCUCCUGCGCCUCCGAUGACGGCGGCAAGAACUGGUUGUACCGAUGGAUGGAGCUCGUCAAAGACUGUCCGCCAGACUUCCUGGGUAUGCACUGGUACGGCACCGAUCCCAACCUCGCCAUUCGCGAUAUCGAAGCUAUGCACAAACGCUUUCCUAAACUCCGCAUCAUCGUGUCAGAGAUCGCCAGCAUUAGCCGAGAUUCUCACCAGGUGUUCGAGUUCACCAAGAAGGUAUGCAAUUGGAUGGAUGGGACCGAUUAUAUCUUUGAGUAUGCGUUCUUUGGAUGCAUGAAGAAGAUGCCGGACCAGUAUGUAAGUGAGGCGGCGAGGCUGAUGAAACCGGAUGGGAGCUUUACGGAUUUGAUGAACAAGUAUAUGCAUGAGCAGCCGAUGAAAUGA